GAAGAAGACGAGAAAGACGACCGAAUCGGGGACCCGAUAGACCAGGCCGUAAUGGCUUUCUGCAUCCGGUCGCUCCAGCAGAAGGUUGCCGUCCAAUUAUUCGAUAACCCGCUCCUACACUUUACAUGCGUACUCGGGAUCAGCGGUGGCCGGAAGAGCUACGCCUGGCGGCCGGCCACCGAAUACACAACCCAGAUAGCAGGGCUUGUCUGGUGCGCGCGUCUCCUCCUGCUAGAGCAUAUAUUCGGAGCCGAGGAAUGUAGCGAGGAUAUCGGUCCGGAAGCUAUCGAGUACUUUCUGGCGCAGCACCGCGACUGGCUCGCCGAUGGCUCGUUCUCGCCCUUUAGCGCGAUGAUCCGGAUGAUGGCAUACGGGAAGGGCUUCCGCAAGAAGGAGGGCGGCACGCCACGACUUAUGUGGGAGGACAGCAAGGAGGCACUACGAUAUCUUGGCCAGCGCAUCCCGCUCAACGACUUUCGGGUUAUGGCGGCUAGCAUUAGUACGGAUGCCGAGGAGCUUCUAGAUCAGCUUAUGUUCGGAGAGUGGGUUCCGCUUAGCCAGAUCGUCGUGCUCCGACGGAUCACGGACAGCCUCAGCUUCGAGGGACCCGGGGCGUCAUUUGCUACGCAUGAGAAGAACAGCUGGCUCGAGCCCGGCUUCCGCAAGCUCGUCGGUCCAGGUAUUGCUCAGCUCUGGGACGACGAAGUAGGAAACUUCCGUAUGGCUCAGGUCCAGCAGUGGCUCAACCAGCUCCAGUCAUUCCGCCAGGCUCUACUCGUCAGUACCCACACGUGGGGAGGUCAGCCCGGCAGAGGGCCAGAGAUCAUGACGAUCCGGCACUGCGACACGCAGGAUAUGCUCCGGAAUGUCUUUGUGUUCGACGGCCAGGUAAUGCUAGUUACAGACCGCGACAAGGCCAAGGCUAUCCGCGGAAUCGGCCGCAAGGUUGCACGGUUCUUACCAGAGACGGUUGGCCGACUAAUGGUUGCCUAUAUCCUAUGGAUCCUA